AUGUCGCCUAUAGCGAACUCUUGCAGACGCAACUUGGAAGUCUGCGGGCUCGCUGAGGUCAUUGUAGGUCUGUUACGGGGUGCUGAGGAGUUGGGUCUUAGGAAGGCUGUCAAGCCAGAGUUCGGAGGGGGAACACGGAGCUUCUCCUGUGAGGAGGAUUACAUCUACGAAAACAUCGAGAGCGAGCUGUGCUUCUUUACCUCACAGGAAAGGCAGAGCAUCAUUAAGUAUUGGCUUGACAAUCUACGUGCCAAACAAGGGGAGGUGCUUCACAACAUCAGCUUCCUAGAGGGCCAGCCAAUCAUUCCCGAGCUGAGCGCGCGAGGUGUGAUCCGGCAGGUGUUUCCUCUCCAUGAGCAGCGGAUCCUCAGUCAGCUGAUGAAGUCUUGGGUCCAGGCUGUGUGUGAGAAACAGCCCUUAGAUGAUAUCUGUGACUACUUUGGGGUGAAGAUUGCCAUGUAUUUCGCCUGGCUGGGGUUUUACACUACUUCUAUGCUGUAUCCUGCUGUCAUCGGCUUUGUGCUGUGGAUGCUCACUGAGUCAGACCAGACAAGCCGUGACAUCUGCUGUGUGGUGUUUGCUCUGUUCAAUGUGGUGUGGGCCACCCUGUUUUUGGAGCGUUGGAAGAGGAGGGGGGCUGAGUUGGCCUACAAGUGGGGAACACUGGAUACCCCCGCUGAAUCACUGGAGGAACCACGGCCGCAGUUUAGGGGGGUCAAGCGUUGCAGUCCCAUAACAGGAUGUGAGGAGUUCUACUAUCCUCCGUGGCGGAGGCGUGUGUUCAGGUGGCUGGUCAGCCUGCCUAUCUGUAUCCUCUGUCUCUGCUUUGUCUUCCUGGCCAUGCUCAUCUGCUUUGAGCUGCAGGAGUUUGUAAUGGGGAUCAAGGAAAUGCCUCGUCUCGCGCGCUUCAUCCCCAAAAUCAUGCUAGCUAUCACUGUGACUGCAUGUGAUGAGGUGUACAGAAAAAUUGCUUGCUGGCUCAACGACAUGGAAAACUACAGACUCCAGAGUGCCUAUGAGAAAAAUCUCAUCAUAAAAAUGGUUCUUUUUCAGUUUGUAAAUUCUUAUCUCAGCCUUUUCUACAUUGGAUUCUACCUCAAAGACAUGGAGCGCCUGAAAGAGGUGCUACUGGUGUUGUUUCUGUCUCAGAGUGUGCUGAGGCAGUUUCGGGAAAAUGUCUUGCCUCUCCUCAUCCUCAAGAUCCGGGUGCUUUUGGUCACUAUUCCCUGGCUGUUCGGGACUUUACCCAAGUCCAAAAUGCUGGCCACUCUGCUCAUCAUACGCCAGUUCCUCCAAAAUAUCAAGGAGGUGCUUCAGCCUUACCUGUAUGAGCGCCACAAGCUGGGCGAGCUCACCCUGCGAGCUUUGUGGGACCUGCUCCUCUCAACACUGAUCAAAUAUGCCCGGCUGGCAGCGGGAAAAGCCCAGGCCUCUCCCGCCGGCCAAGCUAUGCCUGAAUCCGGGCUACGGGGCACCAGGCCUGGGGUGGGACAGACAGAAAGAAGAGAAAAGAAGUGUCUAAACGGGGGCUGCGGGGUUCCUGAUGAAGAGGACAGAGUAGAGAGGGAUGAGGCCGACAGCGGGAGGUUCAGUGAAGGAGAGACGGAGGAGGAGAGUCUGAUUGACUGUGGCUUAAAGUUGAGAAAAGUCAGUUUCAUAGAGAAGGUGGACAGAAGGCCAGCAUGUAGCGGGCCCCCAAUAGAGGAUAAUUUCCUGGAAGAGGGGAGCCCCACCAUGGUGGAAAAAGGAAUGGACCCCGCCUCCGUAUUUGAAAUGUGUGACGAAGAUGACGAUAACGAUGUUCAUGAUGUGAAAGAGUCGGGCGGGGGUGUGGGAGGUUCGGGUGACGGUAACGCUGCUGGUAGUGCCACCGCUGCCCCGCCACCCUCGGCGUCAGAGAGCAGCGUGUCACUGCGGCACCGGAGAAGGGGCAGGAGCUUAGAGAGAGGGGAGCCUAAAACAAAGAGGGAGUCGUGGAUCGACCCCCCGGAAGAGAGGGAGAGCACCACCCUCGCUCAGGCUGAGAUAGAGAGCUGCAUGCAAACAUAUGAGGACACCUUCCAGGACUACCAGGAGAUGUUUGUUCAGUUUGGCUAUGUGGUACUCUUUUCCUCGGCUUUUCCUCUGGCUGCCAUGUGUGCGCUCAUCAAUAAUAUCAUUGAAAUUCGAAGUGAUGCCUUCAAGCUCUGCACUGGCCUACAGAGGCCCUUCGGAUUAAGGGUGGAGAGCAUCGGAGAGUGGCAGACUGUGAUGGAGACCAUGGGUCUGAUUGCCAUCAUAGUCAACUGUUAUCUGAUUGGCCAGUGUGGUCAGCUACAACGUCUCUUCCCCUGGCUCAGCCCUGAGAUGGCCAUCAUCUCCAUCGUAAUCCUCGAGCACUUUGCCAUUCUCCUGAAGUACAUCAUCCAUGUGGCUAUCCCUGACGUUCCCACCUGGGUCGGAGAGGAGAUGGCCAAACUGGAAUAUCAGCGCAGGGAAGCAUUUAAGAAGCAUGAGCGGCAAGCACAGCAGCACUACGCGCAGCUGCAGCGGAGGAAGAGGGAGGAGGAAGAGAGGCAGAGGCAAGCGGAGCACCUGGCCCGCAGGGAGAGGGAACGGGAAGAUGGCAAGGGGGACUCCUCGGGGGAUCAUCACCACGACAAGGGGCACAGCAGCAAGUCGCGCUCCGGAGGUGGGGGAGGAGGGGGAGGCGGAGGGUCAGACAAGCCCAAGAGGCCCAGUUCCCUACUGGCCAACAAUAAUGUGAUGAAGCUGAAACAGAUCAUCCCUCUGCAGAGUAAGUUCUCCUCGGGUAGUGCCCGCUCCCCUCAGUCACCCACUGGCAGCGAGCCCAAACUCCCAGGGUUCCUGAGCUUCAAAUUCCUCAAGUCACCAGAGAACAAGAAAGAAGUUGCCGCAGCUGCCACCGCCACAGCAACUAAUGCUGCAGCAACGGUAGCAUCAGGUAGCGGCUCUCAGGAGCGUUCCCAGUCACCCAGUAAAGCCUUCAACCCUGGGAAACUCUUCAACUUUGGGAAGUCAGAGGGGGGAACCUGUGUGAACGGGGCUCAGCUGCCCAAAGCAGGGGAGGGCGCCUCCUCGCAGGGGUCAGAUAGACCGCUGUCCAGGUCUGACCUCAAUGGGGUUCCGGAUGAGAUCCCCUCGCCUGGAGGGGAAGGGUCCGAGAAUGGACACUCAACAGACUUGGACCCAGCACGCCCUAAAGUCUAGUAGCCCCAGAGAGAAUGAACUCUGAUUAUAUCUUAACUGAGGUGAUUGUGGAGGUGAGGUGUUUACUGUGAGGAAGGGCUUAACCUGCCUUCCAUGUUCACACAGGCCAUGUUGUAUGCACCCUUGAAACAGAGCGAGGCAAAAACGAAAUUGAUGAAAGAUGACUGUUGACUUGCAGCAGUCACGUUUUUA